AUGGCAGACAGGAAACCAGUGGUGCUCCUCACGGGCGCAUCCCGCGGCCUUGGUCUGGCCAUGCUCCGACUUCUCCUCACCGGUUCACCGCCUUGCCACGCUUCGCCCAUCGUGGCUAGUCGGGUGGUAACAAUCUCUCGCACCAUCCCUUCCGACCUAUCCUCUCUGCAAUCUUGCCAUCCCUCCGACCUGGUCUGCAUCCAGGGCGACGUUACAUGCGCCAGCACGAACGAAGCCGCUGUUAGUGCGGCGGUUGGAAAAUUCGGUGGGCUGGAUUCCAUCAUUCUCAACGCCGGAGUGGUGGAAACGCAACGAAUCGAGUCUCUCUCGCCCUCGUCCUUGGCCAAGAUGCUGAAUAUCAACACUGUUUCCCUUGUCACCACGCUUUCUGCUGCGCUUUCGUAUCUUCGGGAAUCUGCAAAGCCAACCGUGCUAUUCGUCUCCUCGGGUGCUGCAACGGGAAACAUUGCCGGUUGGGCUGGAUAUAAUGCGAGCAAAGCAGCAAUGAAUGCGAUCGCAAGAACGCUAGCAAACGAAGAAGAAAAAAUAGCAGUGUUUGCAGUUAGACCAGGUGUAGUAGAUACAGACAUGCAAACUCUUCUCCGAGAAAAGGGCAAGGAUCAGAUGAAAGAACAAGAGGCGCAAAGGUUUUUGCAUCUCUAUCAAAAUGCAAAGCUACUCAAACCUCAACAACCCGCUUGGAGUAUCGCAGCUCUAGCAACAAGAGGCACUAGGCAGAUGCCCAAGGGUAAGGAUGGCAAAGCGUUGGGAGAGGUAGGUGCAUUCUUCACUUGGAACGAGGAUGUACUUGAGGGUUGGAAGAACGAGGAUGCGGGCAAGUAG